AUGGACCGUUCACGCCGCUCGUUGGAUCGAGAUCAGCAACCUCUGCUUGACGAUCAAGCUGUCGAGCUCGACACUCGUUUCGCCAUCGAUGAUAGCCUCGCCGAAGAGCAACGCGCCGACGACGACGCCGCCUCUUCACCAAAGUAUCCACCGCUUCCGCCCUCGUACGAUGAUACGAUCCGCAUCGAUGCACGUCACAAAUCCCGAUGGAACCCGGCCGCGUGGUUCUCAAUAUCCAGAACCACCAAGGAGCACAUCCAAGCUUGCUUUCCUCGCACCAGUGAUGGCGACCUCUUGACCUGCUCCACCGCCUUCUCCGGCUGCUACAAGGGCGUCAUGCGCUGCUGGCCCACCAAUCGAUUCGCACAGGCGAGCGUCUUCAUCGUUGGGCUUUGGAUUCUCGUGCUUUUCACAGGCCCCGCCCUCACCCAGGACUACAGCGAGAAUAUCGGCGCCGGCCUCCAUCAGGACUGGGACUAUUCUCAAAUUCCUUCUACCAAACCAGCACCGCUUCAUGAGGACGGUCACAUCGUUGAAGAGGCUAAGUGGCAAUGGCACAAUUGUGCCUCCAUCAAAGGCACCAACCGAGUUCAGUGCAUGCAGACUUCGAGCUUCCUUCUCAAUCCCAACAAGGCCAAAGAUAGUUUCGCAUCCACGGAGUCCAUCUUUGUCGAUGUCGAUCCUCUCAGAGAUGAUCGCCCUGCACCUGCUGGAAGCGUUCCUGGCACUGUCACUGUAGUACAUCAGGACGACGAUGUUCCGGCCGCUGAGAAGGACUUGGUCAAGGUUGAGAUCACCGUUCACUACGACGAGGCCUACAAGAAGCUCUUUGACACGAGCCUGGUCGCAAAGAUGAAGCGAGGUCUCUAUGACGAGGGCGUCGAGAUCUUAACUUAUGCCAAAGCGGUCUCGACCGAGCAAAGCCCGCUUGUCUACGACGUCAAGGUCAUCAUCCCCCCUCACGUCAACAUCCCCACGCUCUCAGUAGACGCAGGUGCCUCCAACAUUGAUCUCUUCCAGUCUCCGCCUGCUGCGAAAAGGAAUACCCGGUCACGUAGCCUUCGUUCUCGCGAUCCGCCAGCUAGGCCUGAUUUCUACUUCGGAAAGCUGCACGCCCGAACCCAAGUGGGCAAGUUGCGGUCCGCGUCCAUCCGCGCUCUUGCCGACAUUCAUCUCACCACAUCGAAUGGCAAGCUCCACAUCGGUGGAUCCUUCGAAGCUCAGUCCUUGGAGUUCAAGACGAUGAAUGGUCAUCUUGACAUUGACCAGGAUUCGAAGCUCGAGGCGGCGUACGACCUCACUUUGCAAACUCAGAAUGGGCACAUCCGCGUCGGACAGCACACUAGCCUCCGAGCAACCACACUGCGGUCAGAGUCGCUCAACGGAGGCAUCAUAGCAGAGAGCGCCGUAUUCAACGUUAAUCAUACAUUGAGCUUGCGCUCUCAGACCGGUCGAAUCGAGGCAGCCGUCAACGUCGAGAAGCCUGACCUUGCAAGACUCGAUGCGCCUGGUCUGGGCAAGACGGAUCUCGUCAAAGUCGACGCACAAUCUCAGACUGGCUCGAUCCAGCUCGAGUUUGUUGGCCAUCAACGUGAAGUUCCGCUUCACUGCCAUGCUUCCAGCGAGGUCGCACCCGUCGCAGUCUCUCUACAGCCCGAGUUCCAGGGUCGAUGGGAGCUGCGCGGAGCCACCCACUCUCGCUACCGUGGACCAGGAACGCAGGAUGGCGUCAAGAGCGAUCGUGGCACUCACCGUUUCGUCAUUGACGAAGACAGCUUUGGCUGGAUCAAUCGCCUGACCAAAGGCCGCACCUGGUGGGAUGCCGCCGAUAAGCCGAGCGUCCUUCCCAAACACGCGGAAGCCAUCGUCGCCACAUCAGUCGGCCUUGCCCUUCUCACGUUCAACUAG